AUGGAAGGAGACCCUCAGCCCUCCGAGGAGACCAUCGCCCUCGAGGCACCCGCAGACGGCGUCUUUGUGCCGCCCUCCAUCGACGAGCCCGCCCUCCUCGCCGGCGACACAUACACAUACUACUGCCCCGUCCCGCCCAGCCUGCUGGCCCCCUCCUCCUCCUCCUCCACCUCAUCAUCGCCGCCGUCGCAGUCCACGUCACAACAACAGCAACCAGCCGACGACACCAACCCGGCCCCCGCCCCCGCCGCCGGCGGCCCGCCCUGCGUCCUCGGCGUCGACGAGGCCGGCCGCGGGCCCGUCCUAGGCCCCAUGGUCUACGGCGUCUUCUACCUGCCCGCCCCGCUGUCCGACCCCCUCCUGCGGACGGCGCACCACUUCGACGACUCCAAGGUCCUCACGCCCGCCGUCCGCUCCGCGCUGAUGCAGGCCCUCUGCGACCCCGGGUCGGACCUGCACUCCUCCUGCGGCUGGGCCGUCUCGGCCCUGUCGGCCCGCGACAUCGGCGCCGGCAUGCUGCGCGGCACCGGCGGCACCGGCGCCGCGACCUACAACCUCAACGCCCAGGCCUUCGACGCCACCGUCGCCCUGAUCCGCGGCGUCAUGGCCCGCGGCGUCAACGUCCGCGAGAUCUACGUCGACACCGUCGGGCCCCCGAAGCCCUACCAGGCCCGCCUCGAGCGCGUCUUCCCCACGGCCCGCAUCACCGUCGCCUCCAAGGCCGACAGCCUGUACCCGUGCGUCAGCGCCGCGAGCGUCUGCGCCAAGGUCACGAGGGACGUCGCCCUCGAGGUGCAGUACGGCAUCCAUGCGCGGGCCGCCGUUGCGACGAAGGCGGAUGGCGAGGGGGCGAUGGAUGUCGACGACGACGGGGGCGGCAAGGCGGAGGAGGAGGAAGUGGCGGAAGAGGGCUGGGGCUCCGGGUACCCCUCCGACGCGAGGUGCACCGCCUGGCUCAGGAGGAAUAUGCACCCCGUCUUUGGCUGGGGCCCCGAGUGCCGAUUCAGCUGGGGCACGGUCAAGGACAUGCUCGAGUCAAACAAGGGCAACGCCGUCAGGGUGGAGUGGCCUGUCGACGACGACGGCGAGAGCACCAAGAUGACCGACUUCUUCGUCUCCGAUGGCGACCGCGACAAGGACUCGGACGAGCUAGGGGCCUGGUUCGGCACCCCUGUCGGGCUCGAGGCCUUCUAG